AUGGACACGUGGCCUGUGAAUCAGCGCUUUUUUGCCGUUACGACGUUUAUUGAGUGUAAGUCUAUUAUAACUGUACAACGAAAUUUUCGACGACAAUUCAAUAUUCCUGUUGGAGGUAAUGUUCCUUCACGGAAUUCAAUCUUAGACUGGUAUCAUACAUUUCAAAAUACUGGUUCUGUCUUAACAACUUAUAAAGGUAGACAAAAAAGUGUAAGAACACCAGAAAACAUUGAACGAGUACGUCAAGCAAUCGAUCAAAGUCCACAAUGCUCGGCAAGACGCCAUUCUCAGUCGUUGAACUUGUUUAUAACAAUUAAAAAUAAUGUUUAUGUUGAAUAA